GUCUUGUGUCUUCAUCCUCAAAAUGGGUUAUCGAUUCAGGGGCAACAGAUCAUAUGACAGGAUCUGGUGACGAAUCGGGUUAUUGGUAAAGGAUAUGAGUCGGCUGGUCUCUAUCUCUUGGAUACAUCCUUACCCAAAUCCAUCUCUUGUCUUGGAGUUGGAACUGUGUUAGAGGCUCAUUAUCGACUAGGCCAUCCCUCUCUCCCGUUGUUAAAGAAACUUCAUCCUCAAUUUAAUAAGGUGUCAUCUUUACAGUGUGAUUCAUGUCAAUUUGCAAAACAUCAUCGAACUAGUUUAAGUCCCCGAGUCAAUAAACGAGCACAUGCUCCUUUUGAACUUGUUCAUUCUGAUGUUUGGGGCGCUUGCCCUGUUGUGUCCAAAACUGGUGUUAAGUACUUUGUUACCUUUGUUGAUGAUUAUUCUCGUAUGACUUGGAUAUAUUUCAUGAAACGUCGUUCUGAGUUAUUUUCUCAUUUCUGUGCCUUUUGUGCUGAAAUUAAAACUCAAUUUAAUGUACCUGUUCGUAUUUUAAGGGGAGACAAUGCUCAAGAAUAUUUGUCUUCCUCAUUUAAGUCGUAUAUGGCUCAACAUGGCAUCAUUCAUCAAACUUCAUGUGUAGACACACCUCCACAAAAUGGAGUUGCUGAACGAAAGAACAGACAUCUAUUAGAAACUGCGCGGGCUCUUCUAUUCCAAAUGAAUGUGCCUAAACAGUUUUGGGCAGAUGCUGUGUCUACCGCAUGUUUUUUGAUCAAUAGAAUGCCAUCUACUGUUUUGGAUGGUAAAACUCCAUAUCAGUGCCUAUUUCCAAAUAAUGAAAAUUUUCCUAUCCCUCCUAAAAUAUUUGGUUGCACUUGUUUUGUACGAGAUGUUAAUCCCCAUUUAACAAAGUUAGAUCCCAAGUCAUUAAAGUGCAUUUUCUUAGGCUACUCUCGAGUUCAAAAGGGUUACAGAUGUUUUUGUCCAAGUACGGGUCGAUAUCUUGUUUCAAUUGAUGUCUCCUUUUAUGAAAAGACACCGUUUUCAUCAACAGAGACAAAUAUUUGUAGGGAGAAUGAUGAUAUACUCAUUUACACAGUCACUAUACCCGAGUCCACUGCUUCAGCCGUUGUUCCACAUGUUACUUUUCCUGAGCCUAGGCCCCCGGUACACUUGGUCUACACCCGUCGAAACAAAGUACAAGAUCACCCUCCACCUGUGGUUACUUAUCCUGAUACUGAUCCGGUCUCGAUCUCAUGUCCUGAACCAAUACUUGCAUCUCCAGAUCCUGCCUCUACAUCAGAUCUUGACCUCCCUAUCGCACUACGUAAAGGUACACGGUCUUGUACUCAUCCUAUUUCUUCAUUUGUGUCGUAUAAUCAGUUAUCAUCUACCUCGUGUUCUUUUAUUGCUUCCAUUGAUUCUAUUUCUGUUCCCAAAUCUGUUAAAGACGCUUUGUCUCAUCCUGAAUGGCGUCAUGCCAUGGUAGAGGAAAUGAAUGCUUUGGAUCUUAAUGGUACUUGGGAUUUGGUAGACUUGCCUACAGGGAAGAAAUCUAUUGGAUGUAAGGGAUCUUUGCUGUAAAGGUUAACCCUGACGGAUCCGUUGCUCGUUUAAAAGCCCGAUUAGUAGCGAAGGGUUAUGCUCAAACCUAUGGUGUUGAUUAUUCUAACACUUUUUCUCCUGUUGCUAAAUUAACAUCUGUCAGGUUACUUAUUUCUCUCGCUGCAACUAAUGGUUGGCACUUACAUCAGUUGGACAUUAAAAAUGCAUUCUUGCACGGUGAUCUUCAAGAGGAAGUUUAUAUUGAGCAACCUCCAGGGUUUGUUGCUCAGAGGGAGUAUGGAAAAGUGUGUCGACUUCGCAAGUCUCUUUAUGGUUUGAAACAGAGUCCCCGUGCAUGGUUCGGGAAAUUCAGUCAAUCAAUUGAACGGUUUGGAAUGAUAAAGGGCAAAUCAGAUCACUCUGUAUUUUACAGACGAACAAAAGCAGGUAUCACAUUGCUUGUGGUGUAUGUCGAUGAUAUUGUGAUUACAGGGAGUGAUAAUGCAGGUAUUUUGGCUCUUAAGAAUUUUCUUCAUAGUCAAUUCCAGACAAAAGAUUUGGGCUCAUUGAAACACUUCUUGGGGAUUGAGGUUAUACGGAGCAAGAAAGGCAUAUUUCUAUCUCAACGUAAAUAUGUGCUUGACUUGCUAACUGAAACAGGGAAACUGGGGGCAAAACCGAGCAAUACUCCCAUGAUUCCCAAUGUGCAGCUCACUCAUGAAGGCGUACCAUUCAAAGAUCCAGAAAGAUAUAGAAGGUUGGUUGGAAAGCUUAAUUAUCUCGCAGUUACCCGUCCAGAUAUUGCAUACUCAGUGAGUGUAGUAAGUCAAUAUAUGUCAUCUCCGACAGUUGAUCAUUGGAAUGUUGUAGAGCAUAUAUUAUGUUACUUGAAGGGGACACCAGGACGAGGUAUUGUUUAUCAAAAUCAUAAUCACAUGCGCAUAGAAUGCUUUGCAGAUGCUGAUUGGGCUGGAUCUAAAGAUGAUAGAAGAUCCACAUCUGGCUAUUGCGUCUUUGUUGGUGGUAAUCUCGUCUCUUGGAAAAGUAAGAAGCAGAAUGUGGUUUCUCGUUCGAGUGCUGAAUCAGAAUAUCGGGCUAUGGCACAAUCGGCAUGUGAGACAAUCUGGAUAAACCAUCUAUUGAGUGAAAUCGGACUGAAGACACCAAUGCCUGCUAAACUCUGGUGUGAUAACCAGGCUGCUAUACACAUUGCCAACAACUCAGUGUUUCAUGAGAGAACAAAACAUAUUGAGGUCGAUUGUCACUUUGUUCGAGAAAAGAUACAACAAGGAUUGAUCUCUACAGGAUAUGUGAAGACGGGAGAGCAACUUGGAGACUUGUUCACUAAAGCACUAAAUGGAAUUCGUGUUGGUUAUUUAUGUAACAAGUUGGGCAUGAUAAAUAUCUAUGCUCCAACUUGAGGGGGAGUGUGAAAGACAUUGGAAUAUGCUGUAUAAUAUGCUUUAGAAUAUUCUUCUAUCUUUAGAAUAUGCUUUAGAAUAUUUUAGGAAUAUACUCUAAGAUAUUAUUAUUGUAUAGCAUCUUAUAGGAAUAUUCUAUCUUUGUAAUGUAUAUAUAUAGGGACUUAUCCCUCCAAUGAAAUACACAGAAAAUUCUUCCAUUCUCAUUACUAUUAUAUGCUUAAUUCUGAUAACACUACUCUUGCACAAGUUAUGGGUUUUGGUGCUUCUUUUAUCACUACCAUCGUAACAAUUAAAUUGUUGAAGGUAGAAGAUUACUUACCGUGGCGUACUCAAUUUGAGUCCUUUUUGGUCUCACACGGACUUUUGGGUAUUCUUGAUGGUUCCCUUCCGGCUCCGUCUCCUUAUUCUUAUGAUUUAUAUCAAACCCAAAGUAUUAAUCCGGAGUACUACCACUGGCUGAAACUAGACCAGACUGUUCGUUCUUGGUUAUUUGCUACGUUGUCUAGGGAAAUUCUAAUGGAAGUUCACCCGUUGAAAAAUUCGAAUGUCAUAUGGCAGAGAUUAGAAUCCCGAUUUAUAGCAGCCAGUCUGGCCAGAUUCAUGGAAUUGAAACAAAUGUUAACCCAUACCAAGAAAAAGCCAAAUCAAACCAUGGAUCAAUAUUUAGGCGAACUCCGGACCGUUGCUGAAAAUUUAGCAUUAAUUCGCC